GUUGGAUUUUCUCUCUAAAUUAGCUUUUAUUAUCCCUUGUUAUAGCGUUUAUCUGAUAUAUACUGUUUAUCUACUAGCGUUCGCUAGCUGUCGUUGACGAAAACGGAACCAUCCAAUUGGGCAAUCUGGUUACUAUGGCUGACCGUGAAGCUGCGCAUGGAUGAAACUCAAGAUAUGGAACUGUCGCAACAAGAAGCACAAGUUGAUGAACUGUCUGAACAACAAAGAGCCCAGGAUAGCACACCAAACGAGCAGAAGACAUCUUAUUUGCAAGGUCUACUGAAAGCGUUAUUACGUUCACCGAGUAUACCACGAGACCGAGACGUAGAAGAAGCUCAAAUCACGGAGUUCACACGAAUGAAAAGCUUUGCUGCAUUGGAGGUCGCAGCUGUGCAAAAGAUUGCCAACGCACUUUUACCAUCCACGCCCGACGACGAAACCCGAUGCUUCAUGACAGAGCUUCCAUUCGUAGUCUUAUCAAAUACGAUUCUACCUGCUAUUGGCUACAAAGACCAUAUUGUCGCUGUUCAUCCUGAUGCUGCACCUCACAAUAUCCACGUGCAGGCAUUGACACCAGCAAUCAUGUACGAGAUUUUGACACCUCAUAAUCGUGGACGGGCUCAAGGUCAAUAUCAAGUGCUAGAUGACCAGAACAAUCCCAUUAGAUCGUGUGAACGAGCUCGAGAUAACCCCGAUGCUAUGCUAUGGUCCUUCUUCGAUCAGUCUCGUGUUGAAUCACUAGCGGACCGACAUCGCAUGGAAUUCUAUAAUCGCAUUAUCGUACGACCAGACAAGACCGUAUCUAUCGUUGGAAUCAUGAAGGAAGCGACGAAAGAAGGGAGGUCGGUCAGGAGCGUCAGCAACCAUUGGGACGACCGAUAAGACGCAUGAACAGUUACAAGCUGAUGAAGAGCGGGCAACAUCGAGCAUAAAAGAGCUACAAAGAAGACAUGGUGUUCUAAGGAAAAAAUACCAACAAACCGCCAAGGAACGCAAAAUAGCCAAAAAUCGUUUUCAGUUUGCAACCAAACAUGAAAGAAUCGAAGCAAGUACCGCACUAUCGAUACGUGUGCGUGAAAAUCGGCAAGCUAGGCUCGCUAUGCUGCUUAAUCAUCGUGAUUUGAAGAAUGAAAAGAGUCGUAGAUACAAGACCCAGAAGGUAAUAUUAUCCUCUCUAAACUUCUUGAGCACAUGU